AUGAAGAGUCUCAACCACAUGGCCGCACGGAUUGGUUGGCGCGAGGCUCUCGCCUUCGCUCUUACUGCGGCUGUGCUGCAUAUCAUAUACAACCUUUACUUCCACCCUCUGGCAAAGUUCGCUGGGCCAUUUUGGGCACGCUCAUCGCUUGUGAGCACAUUGGGUGGAUUUGAUUUUGAGCGCGGCGCAUAUCCGCUAACAGGUCGAAAUAGCUGUGGCGGUUUUGGCAUACCAUGCGCGGACGAUCACAUCGCGUAUUCCAAGAAACGCACCGGCAAUAUGGUGCGCCCCGGCUUCCGCGUCACACCUAACGAACUUUCCUUUGCCUCCACGUCAUCCUGGAAGGCCAUCUACGGCUACCCGACUCCAGGGGUUGAGCAACUCAUCAUGGGGGAGUUGUACGACAUUUUUGGGGGUGCUUACAAGACAGGCUGCAUCGAUUCCAAGCGCAACCCGACCGUGCAUGCAUGCAAGAAAAACCUCACCGCCGCUUUCGCGGCCAAGGCGCUGGCCACCCAAGAACCCAUCGUCCAGGUCAAAUGCACCGGUCAGCUGUCUGGUUGCCAGAGAUGCGAGACUUUAGACAUAGAAUGCACCUACACGACCGGAACAGGCAAAAAGCGACACAAUUCUCUUAACGAGGGUACUAAGAAAGAUGACGAACCGAUGAAUCGUCCGCCCCAGCCCACAGAACAGACUGAAACCAGUGGCAUGGCUAUUGAAUCACAGCGUCCACUCCCGGAUGCCAUGUCCAUCUCUGACGUGACUUUCGCCGAUAUUGUCGAGCCCGGGGGCGCACCCAGCACCUUCACAGAAGAUAUAGAACAAUGGUCCCUGUUCUCGGCAUUUGACUCGGACCCCAAGCUGGCUGCCUCGAUCACGGACGCAUUCAUGUUUCCAUCCGCCUCGGGCACAAGUCAUGAUGUCGAUAUGUCCUUCUGGGGUGAUCACCCACCAGUCUCAACAACCGAAACCAUGAGCAGCACAAUGACAUACCAGAACAGGUCCACACCAGGGGGUACAAGUACAGGUUCUACCGCUGUCGGUUCACACGGACAGACAAACACGCCAGCAGAGCCCGUACACGAGCCUGAGAUCGAGACACGAACCCAGGCAGAUCCUCAGCUUGGUACAGUAUCAACAGGGCAGGGGCAAAUACCCUAUCUGGAACAGAAGGCAUGCAGCUGUUUACAGCGCAUCUUCUUUCUCAUCAACGAGCUGGAGACAGACUUGACCAACGUGGACGAUGACGAUGAUGACAACGGCAACGAGUUGGGACGCGGGUCUCAGCACACCAAGCGAGGUCUCGAGUCAGCCAUGGGUCUUCUCAAGGAGGCACUGCUCUACGGAGACUCGAUGAGACAGUGCCACCAGUGCUCCCAUCGAACCGAGACAAGAAUGCUUCUUCUGCUCCUGGCCAACCGCCUGGUGGUGCUUUGUGGCGACAUGGUGUCGGCCUACCAAAAUGCUACUAACCACACCUCCUGCCGAAUUCCUGCGGCGACGCACGAGCCGGCGAUAACCAUAAUGGUAGGCGAGUACGAGGUCAAGUCGGACGCCGAGCGCAGCGUCGUGCUUCGAGAGCUGGUGGCUUUCCAACUGCGGGCUUUGUAUUCUUUCGUCAUCUCUUUAGCGGGUUCUCACCAGCAGCACGGUACCGGUUUUGAUGCAGCUAAAAACAAGGUUGCGGACUUGCUUCGGCGCCUACAUACGAGCAGUUUGGUGCUGCCGGCCCAGCCGCCAAAGUAG